UGGUUACAUUCUAUGGAAAAAGUGAAUACUGGCAGCAUUUACGGUAUAGCUUGGUCUAGUGAUAGUACGCAAGUUGCUAUGGCAUGUGGUAAUGGAAAAUUAUUAACUGGACACGUUAUAGACAGGAAAUUAGAAUGGGAUAAUUACGAAGUCACAUUGAUAAGAAGAAAAGUGAUUGAAGUUAGAGAAGUUGGCAACGAAGUUCAUGAAGUAUUAGAAAUCUCCGAUCGUGUUGUACACCUCGAAUUUGGCUUUGGUCAUUUAGUUGUUAUUACACCUUCACAAUGUCACAUCUAUUCAGUGACCAAUUGGAAUACACCAGCAAUAUUUGAUUUGAAGAAAAGCAUAAUUUCUGCACUAAUUCUUGCUGAAAG